AUGGAAGCUCUGAAAUCGGCCAUGGACCAGCACUUGGACCAAAUGGCGGAUCUGGUUCCGAAGCUCUCUUCCGAGCUACGAUCCGGACUCCAGCCGGCUUACGAGAAUUUCAUGGGUUUCUUUCACGCCAUUGACUGGACGGAGCCUUGGUCGAUGGGGAUGAUGGGAUUCCAUGUAUUGCUACUUAUUGUAGCUAUAUUCUCGCGGAAGAACACUAAUUUCCAGAUGGGGUUUUGGAGUUGCCGAGUGGAACGAGAGAUUAGG